AUGUUGCCGAUCAAGGAAACACUGAGGACAUUGGUGGCAUGGUCGUUUGCAACUCUAUUACUGACCAUAUUGAUGGUCUUGGCCUCAGUGCACAAUUUGUUUCAGAAAAAGAAUAGAAAGUUAAUGGCAGUUAAGGCAUUUCCCAGGCCCCUUCCCAAGAGAGAUGAUCUACAGUUUUACGCUCACAUGCUGGGACUAGAUCUUCUUGAAUACCACAUACUCACCCCAGAUGGCUUUGAAAUAGUGAUUCAGAGACUGGUGAAUCCCAACAAAGAAGUCUCUUCAAAGCCCAUUUUGUUAUUGCAUGGUCUACUUCAAAGUUCCGCCUCUUUCUUGUCAUCCGGAAGAAAAAGUAUAGCCUAUUACCUGUUGAUGAACGGGUACGAUGUAUGGCUCGGAAACAAUAGAUGUGGCUUUCAUCCAACGCACAUGGUCUUUAAGGACAACGAUCCUAAAAUGUGGGAUUGGGAAAUUCAUGAGAUGGCUACAUUUGACCUGAAAACCAUGAUAGAGCACGUUAAGAAUGCUACCAAUUCACAGUCUAUAAAUUUAUGUUGUCAUUCACAAGGCGGUACCCAAGUAUUUUACUUAUUGGCCAAUCGAAACUUAGAGCAUAUUGAUAAAUUGGUCUGCUUGGCUCCAGCCGUAUUUGGAGGCGAAAUGAUAAAUGAUCGUCUUUUGUUUCGUUUCAUGCGAUGGCUAUCUCCUACUGGUUAUGAUUGGUUGUUCGGUAUUCAAGCAUUUAUGCCAAUUAUGAUGAAGGUGCGGAGCGUUCUUUACCGCUAUAAACUUUUUGAUUUCUGUGCGUACGCCAUGUUCAACUAUUUAUUUGAAUGGAAUGAUACCUUAUGGGAUCCUGAAAUUCGCAGCAUUCAUUUUCUUUUUUCCCCAGUUUAUGUUAGCGCCAAAUUGAUGAAAUGGUGGCUUAGUGAUUCAGUUGGAUAUGCCCAUCAGAAAUCAGUUUUUGAUAACGGUGAUUGGGCAAAAAUUGAGGAGGAACUACCCAGAAUUUUUUGUGUUUUAGGAUCCAUAGAUUUGCUCGUCGAUGGGAAGAAACUCAUGAAUUGUUUUCAGAGCCCUGUAGUUACCUAUCUGGAACUAAAAGAAUAUGCCCAUCUGGACGUCUUGUGGUCGGAUGAUGUCAUUCAGGAUAUUGCAGAACCAAUGUUAGAUUUCCUGAAGCAAUAA